AUGGGUGUGAAUGUGGGGAUUUUUUGUGCUCUGUUUCUGCUGGCAACACAGGCAACAGGGUUUCCUGAAGUUGCAGCAUUGAAGAAGCUGCAUCUGCCAUUCAAGAAUCAUCAUUCUAAAGAUCUCUCUCCGGGGAAUUUCGUCCAGAAAAGACAAGCUCUUGCCAUUGAUACCAUAUUCAAGCUUCCUGUACCUGUCACAAAUUCAUGGCCUCCAGGUGGUAAUUUUGCAAGUGGAAUAAUUGAUCUGGGUGGCCUGCAAGUGCAUGAAGCAUCAACAUUCAUGAAGGUUUGGGGCGUUUAUCAGGGUGGGGCUGAUGGUCAAGGGUUUUCAGUGUUUGAACCAACAGGAAUACCUCAAGGUUUCUCCAUGUUGGGUAGCUACUGCCAACCCAACAACAAGCCUCUCUUUGGAUGGAUUCUUGUGGCAAAAGAUGUGUCUGCAAACACCAGCAACCCCACUUUAAAGCAACCACUUGAUUACACACUGGUAUGGAACAGUGCAUCUCUGAAGAUUAACCAAGAUGUGCCCAUCUAUAUUUGGCUUCCAACUGCACCUGAUGGGUAUAAAGCUGUAGGCCAUGUUGUCACCAACACACCAGAUAAGCCUGCCCUUGACAAAGUCAGGUGUGUCAGAUCAGACUUCACUGACCAAUGUGAGACAAAAGAAUUAAUUUGGGGAUUAGAUAGCUUCAAUGUUUAUGACGUUAGACCAAGUAAUAGGGGAAUUCGAGCUGCUGGUGUUAGAGUAGGCACGUUUGUAGCUCAAACUGGGAGUCCUAACCCUCUAGCUAUUGCAUGUUUGAAAAACAACAAUGCCAUCCCAAAAUACAUGCCUAACUUAGAACAAAUCAAGGCAAUACUGAAAGUUUACUCUCCAACCAUGUGCUUGCAUCCUGAUGAACAAUUCUUUCCAUCUUCCGUGGAGUGGUUUUUCUCCAAUGGGGCAUUGUUGUAUAAGAAAGGUGAAGAGUCAAGUCCUGUCCGAGCAACUGAAGAUAACCUGCCUCAAGAUCCUAACAAUGAUGGUGCCUAUUGGCUAGACCUGCCUGCUGAUCCAACAGAAAAGGAGAGGGUCAAGAAAGGAGAUUUGAAAAGUGCCAAAAGUUAUGUGCAUGUGAAACCAAUGCUUGGAGGAACCUUCACUGAUGUUGCAGUAUGGGUAUUCUACCCAUUCAAUGGACCUGCAAGAGCCAAAGUUGAGUUCAUUACCCUUAAAUUGGGGAAGAUAGGUGAACACGUUGGUGAUUGGGAGCAUGUGACACUAAGGCUAAGCAACUUUAAUGGUGAACUGAAGCAUGUCUAUUUCUCACAACACAGUAAGGGUAUAUGGCUUGAUUCCUCUCAGCUUGAGUUCCAAAGUGGCAACAAACCACUAUAUUAUUCUUCCCUGAAUGGCCAUGCAUCUUACCCUGAUGCUAGCCUUCACCUGUUAGGGAUAAAUGCUAUAGGCAUAAGGAAUGAUACUGGUAAAGGUGACAGUUUGGAUAUGGGGACAUUUCAGUUGGUUGCUGCUGAGUAUUUAGGUUCUGCUGUUGUAGAGCCUGGAUGGCUGAACUAUUUCAGGAAAUGGGGUCCUAAAAUUGAUUAUAAUAUAGAUGAUGAGUUGAAGGAGCUUGAGAAGCACUUGCCUGGAAUGCUAAAAUCUAGUUUGAAAAAUAUUGUGAGCAAGUUGCCAAGUGAAGUGCUGGAAGAGGAAGGACCCACAGGGCCAAAGGAGAAGGAUAAUUGGAAUGGAGAUGAAAGGUGA